AUGAGAUCGGCGUUUCUGUCGUUGUUGUUCCUUUGUCUCUAUAUUCUCUUUGUCUCUGUCUCCUCUGCUCCUUCCACAGAGUUUGUCUAUCCGAAUUUCACAGCUUCUAACCUCAGAUUCGUCGACAGUUCCAAAGGAGCUUUCCUCUUCUCCCGUAGUUCCAUCUUCAAAGCCGGUUUAUUCAGUCCCCGCGGCGAUUCGUCUUCCGACUUCUACUUCUCCGUCAUCCACGUCGAUUCCGAUUCAACAAUAUGGACUUCAAAUCGCGAUUCCCCUGUUUCAAGCUCAGGGAAGAUGAAUCUUUCCCCUCAAGGAAUCUCCGUUAUCGAAGAUGGGAAAGGUCAAACACCCGUUUGGUCAACGCCGGUUUUACCCUCUCCGGUUUACUCCCUUCGGUUAACCGACGCCGGCAAUCUCCUUCUUCUCGACCGCUUCAACGCUACUCUAUGGGAAAGCUUUAGAUUUCCCACCGACACAAUCGUCCUCGGACAAAGACUCCCGCUCGGGAUGUUCUUGUCGGGAUCCGUCUCGCGGUACGAUUUGUCGACGGGAGAUUAUAAAUUCGUCGUCGGUGAAUCCGACUGUUUGAUGCAGUGGAAAGGACAGAACUAUUGGAAGCUAAGGAUGCACACAGGAGCUAACGUAGAUUCCAAUUUCCCCGUUGAGUUUCUCACGGUCACAACUUCUGGAUUGGCUCUUAUGGGACGGAACGGGACGACGGUGAUAAUCCGCGUGGCGUUACCACCGUCGUCUGAUUUUCGAGUAGCGAAGAUGGACUCUUCUGGUAAAUUCAUCAUCAGUAGAUUCUCCGGUAAGAGCAUGGUGACGGAAUUCUCUGGUCCGAUGGAUUCUUGUAGUGUUCCGUUCGUGUGCGGUAAACUCGGGCUCUGUCAUCUUGAUAACGCUUCGGAAAACCGGAGCUGUUCAUGUCCAGAUGAGAUGCGGUUGGAUGCAGAGAAGAGGACUUGUGUUCCGGCUAGCCAAUCGUUGAGUUUACCUGUUUCUUGUGAAGCAAGUAACAUUUCGUACCUGGAACUAGGUCUCGGUGUGUCUUACUUCUCUACUCAGUUCACAGAUCCUGUGGAACACGGUAUUGAGCUAUCGACUUGUUCUGAUCUCUGCAGUAAGAAUUGCUCAUGCCUCGGUGUUUUCUACGAGAACACGUCUCGGUCUUGUUAUCUAGUAAACGACUCGUUUGGUUCUUUGUCUCUGGUCAAGAACUCACCGGACAAUCAUGAUCUUAUCGGAUACGUCAAGAUGUCUAUGAAAAAGACUAACGCUCAACCCCCUGGACACACACACAGAGGAUCUAACUUUCCUUUGAUAGCACUUGUGCUCUUACCUUCCUCUGGCUUCUUCCUUCUGAUGGCGUUAGGGUUUCUCUGGUGGCGAAGAUGUGCACUGAUGAGAUACAGCAGCAUCCGUGAGAAGCAAGUAACUAGACCUGGUUCGUUUGGAUCAGGAGAUUUAGGGUCUUUCCAUAUCCCCGGUUUACCUCAGAAGUUCGAGUUCGAAGAGCUCGAACAAGCAACCGAGAAUUUCAAGAUGCAGAUAGGAUCAGGCGGAUUUGGCUCGGUCUACAAAGGAACUCUCCCAGACGAAACGCUCGUCGCAGUCAAGAAAAUAACAAACCAUGGUCUUCCCGGUAGACAAGAGUUCUGCACAGAGAUCGCAGUCAUUGGUAAUAUCCGACACACAAACCUAGUGAAACUCCGAGGCUUCUGCGCUCGUGGGAGGCAGUUACUGUUAGUCUACGAGUACAUGAACCAUGGCUCCUUAGAGAAGACCUUGUUUUCAGCGAACGGUCCGGUGCUUGAGUGGCAAGAAAGGUUUGAUAUUGCGCUUGGGACGGCUCGUGGGCUCGCGUAUCUCCAUAGUGGAUGCGACCAAAAGAUCAUACACUGCGAUGUGAAACCAGAGAACAUCUUAUUGCACGAUCAUUUCCAGCCGAAGAUAUCUGAUUUCGGGUUAUCGAAGCUUUUAAGCCAAGAAGAGUCGAGUCUGUUCACGACAAUGAGAGGUACUCGAGGCUAUUUAGCUCCCGAGUGGAUAACCAACGCAGCCAUCUCGGAGAAAGCUGACGUGUACAGCUACGGAAUGGUGUUGUUGGAGCUGGUGAGUGGUCGGAAAAACUGCUCGUUUCGAUCUCGAAGCAACAGCGUGGCGGAGGAGAAUCAGCAAAACAGCUCUUCCACGACGACUACGAGUUCCGGUUUGGUUUAUUUCCCAUUGUACGCUUUGGACAUGCAUGAGCAAGGGAGGUAUAUGGAGCUGGCGGAUCCGAGGCUAGAGGGUCGGGUGACGAGCCAGGAGGUUGGGAAGUUGGUUCGGAUAGCCUUGUGUUGUGUUCAUGAGGAGCCGGCUUUGAGGCCGACGAUGGCGGCGGUUGUGGGGAUGUUCGAAGGGAGCAUACCGUUGGGGAGUCCGAGGAUGGAGUCGUUGAACUUUUUGAGGUUUUAUGGGCUGAGGUUCGCUGAGUCUUCCAUGGUUGAAGGACAAAAUGGAGAGAGUGAAAAUAUGGUUUUCCACCGGAGAGAGAGCUCUAAUAGCGGCGGCUCUAGGCACUCCGCUUCUUACGUGGCGUCUCAGGAAGUGUCCGGACCACGGUGA